AUGGGGAAGCGAUCCGGCGGUCGGAAGCUGCCGUUCUUCACCAGAUCCUCCUCCUCCUCGUCCUCCUCCAAGCGGAAUCGCUCCGCGCGCCGCCUCCCUUCCUCCUCCAAGCAGGACAACGCGACGAGGGCUCUUCUCGCCUCCCCCUCCGCCGCUUCGCCGUCUGCGACCCCGGGCUCUGCGGCGGCGGGGCAGACCGCGCAGCUGCCCCCUCCCCUCUCGGCCACCGCGGGCGCCGGGGGUGCCGUGUCGGGGAAGGUCACCAAGAAGAAGGCCGGCGCGCGCCUGUGGAUGCGGCUGGACCGCUGGGGUACCUCCGAGGUCGUUGAGCUCGACAAGGCCUCCAUAAUCCGCCGCGCCGGCCUGCCCCCGCGCGACCUACGCAUCCUCGGCCCCGUUUUCUCUCGUUCCUCCAGCAUCCUCGCUAGGGAGAAGGCGAUGGUGAUCAACCUCGAAUUCAUCAGGGUGAUAGUGACUGCCGAAGAGGUGCUCCUGUUGGACCCUCUAGUGCACGAAGUGCUCCCUUUCGUUGACCAAUUGAGGCAGCACCUGCCUCUGAGGAGCCUGGUGGGUGGGAAUGGUGAAUGUGCCCCUGAUGGCAAUGGGGAAAAGCAGAAGGGCUCGCCUGGAGGCCAGGUGCCCUGUCUUAAUGAGGCGACUGGUGCAGAGCACGAGCUGCCAUUCGAGUUCCAUGUGCUGGAGGUCGCGCUUGAGGUUGUGUGCUCAUCGUUGGACCUUAGCGUGGCUGGCCUUGAGAGGCAUGCUACUCCAGUGCUUGACGAGCUGACCAAAAAUGUGAGCACGAGGAACCUUGAGCGAGUGCGGAGCCUUAAGAGUCAUCUUACCCGUUUGCUUGCCCGUGUGCAAAAGGUCAGGGAUGAAAUAGAACACCUUCUAGAUGAUAAUGAAGACAUGGAACAUCUGUAUCUAACAAGGAAGCAAGUACAAAACCAACAGGUUGAGGCUUUAAUGUCAUCUGCUGCUUCCAACAGCAUUGUUCCUGCCGGAACAGGUGUGCCCAGGCUGAACUCUAGUUUUCGGCGUAGCAUGAGCAUUGCUACCAGCAUGCAUUUGGAUAAUGAUGUGGAAGACCUAGAAAUGUUACUUGAGGCCUACUUCAUGCAGCUGGAUGGAAUUCGCAACAGAAUUUUGUCGGUUCGGGAGUAUAUUGAUGACACAGAAGACUACGUCAACAUUCAACUGGACAACCAGCGUAAUGAACUCAUUCAACUCCAGCUUACACUGACCAUUGUAUCCUUUGGCAUAGCUGCCAACACUUUCAUUGCUGGAGCUUUUGCAAUGAACAUCCCGAGCUCUCUGUACAACAUCACUGAUGGCAGCCUCUUCUGGCCAUUUGUCGGGGGCACCUCAUCCGCCUGCUUUGUAAUCAGCAUCCUCUUAUUUUGUUAUGCCUGGUGGAAGAAGCUGCUGGGUCCUUGA